AAAUAAGUCUAUUUGGUUGUACAUUGGUAUUGAGACUCAGCCAUGCCUUUCUCUCAUCACAGUCACUCGGGACAGUUCUGUCCGGGCCAUGCGCAGGAUUCGCUAGAAAGCAUCAUUCAGGCGGCCAUCUCCAAGAAAAUGCAGAUGCUGGCACUAACAGAGCACAUGCCUCGGCAUGAAAUUGACCGAUAUCCUGAAGAAUUGAGUGCAGGGACGACGCUGGAUGCGAUGACGGAGAACGAAAGGGCGUAUGUGAGGGAGGCGACGUUACUUCGGGACAGAUAUCGAGGCCAGAUUGAACUGGCGGUCGGAUUCGAAAGUGAUUGGAUCAGGCCCGAGUCGGUGCAGCUCAUCGACCAGAGCAUCUCUACACAUGCGUAUGACUUGUUUGUAGGCUCAGUCCAUCAUGUGCACACGAUCCCCAUCGAUUACGAUAGAGUCAUGUACGAAGACGCCCGGCAACAGGCCGGCGGAACUGAUGAAAAGCUCUUUGAGAGUUACUUUGAUGCACAACUCGACAUGCUACAAGCAACCAAGCCCCCUGUGGUAGGGCAUUUUGAUCUCAUCCGCCUCAAAAGCGACUGCCCCAACCCCAGUUUCCCGCAAUUUCCCGGCGUGUGGGAACGUAUCGCCAGAAAUUUGGACUUUAUCGCUUCUUAUGGGGGCAUACUCGAGCUCAACUUUGCGGCUGUGCGCAAAGGUCUCCUUGAGCCUUACCCGGUCUCGGACAUAUGCCAGGCUGCAUCGAAGAGAAAUAUCCGCUUUUGCUUAUCAGAUGAUAGCCAUGGUAUCGACCAUUUGGCCCAUAGCUACGACCAUGUAUUGCCUUUUCUUCGGAAAAAUAGCAUAAGGUCAUUGACGGUGCUGGGGUCCAAUGCAGACGGUGGUAACUACGGCGACAGGCGGUUUCCGACCCUUGAAGCCAGAGAGGUUGACGUGGACAUCCUCGAGAAGCAUCCGUUCUUUCAACAUGCAUGAGGAUGUCUACCUUUGAUUCGGAAGCGAUAACUUCAUCGUCGAUGGGCAACUGACGCUCGAGAAGGAGCCUACAAGAGGAAGAAAUCGUCGGCAACAUGCUACCCUUUUGUGGGCCUAAUCGUGUUGGAGACACGAGCAGAUAUAUCGAAAGCACCUUAAACUUCUGUGUGCUGUAGCUUCCCUGACGUGGCAGUCAGCGUGUCGCAAGAAUCAUUGCUGCCACCCGCCAUU